CGUCCUCUUAUCUCACUCCUGCCACCCCCUAUUCUGCCGACAAUGACCGCCCUGGUCAAUGUGGACACCCUUCCUGAGUACGAGAAGAGUCAGAUCAAGAGAGCGCUGGAGCUGGGCACGGUGAUGACGGUGUUCAGUUUCCGCAAGUGCACCCCAGAGCGGAGGACCGUCCAGGUGAUCAUGGAGACGCGCCAGGUGGCCUGGAGCAAGACAGCCGACAAGAUCGAGGGCUUCUUGGAUAUCAUGGAAAUCAAGGAAAUCCGCCCAGGGAAGAACUCCAAGGAUUUUGAGCGUGCCAAAGCUGUCCGCCAGAAGGAAGACUGCUGCUUUACCGUCCUGUACGGCACCCAGUUUGUUCUCAGCACGCUCAGUUUGGCAGCCGACUCCAAAGAAGAUGCGACUAAGUGGCUGUCUGGCUUGAAAAUCUUACACCAGGAAGCGAUGAGCGCCUCCACACCCACCAUUAUUGAGAGUUGGCUGAGAAAGCAGAUUUAUUCAGUGGAUCAAACCAGAAGAAACAGCAUCAGCCUCCGAGAGUUGAAAACCAUCUUACCCCUGGUCAACUUCAAAGUGAACAGUGCCAAGUUCCUCAAAGAUAAGUUUGUGGAAAUCGGCGCGCACAAAGAUGAACUCAGCUUCGAGCAGUUCCACCUGUUCUACAAAAACCUUAUGUUUGAGCAACAAAAGUCGAUUCUUGACGAAUUCAAAAAAGAUUCUUCCGUGUUCAUCUUGGGCAACACCGACCGGCCGGAUGCCUCCGCUGUUUACCUGCACGACUUCCAGCGCUUUCUCUUACACGAGCAGCAGGAGCUUUGGGCUCAGGAUCUGACCAAAGUCCGUGAGCGGAUGACUAAGUUUAUCCACGACACCGUGAGGGAAACUGCUGAGCCCUUCUUAUUUGUCGAUGAGUUCCUCACAUACCUGUUCUCGCGGGAGAACAGCAUCUGGGAUGAGAAGUACGACGUGGUGGACAUGCAGGACAUGAACAACCCCUUGUCGCAUUACUGGAUCUCCUCUUCGCAUAACACGUACCUCACCGGUGACCAACUGCGGAGCGAGUCAUCUACGGAAGCGUACGUCCGCUGCCUGCGGAUGGGCUGUCGCUGCAUUGAGCUGGACUGCUGGGACGGGCCUGAUGGGAAGCCCAUCAUCUACCACGGCUGGACACGGACCACCAAGAUCAAGUUUGAUGAUGUCGUGCAGGCCAUCAAAGACCAUGCAUUUGUCACUUCAAGCUUCCCGGUGAUCCUGUCCAUCGAGGAGCACUGUUGCGUGGAACAGCAGCGCCACAUGGCCAGGGUGUUCAAGGAGGUGUUUGGCGACCAGCUGCUGAUGAAGCCCACGGAGGCCAGUGCUGACCAGCUGCCCUCGCCCAGCCAGCUGCGGGAGAGGAUAAUCAUCAAGCAUAAGAAGCUGGGCCCCCGAGGUGACGUGGAUGUCAACAUGGAGGAUAAGAAAGAUGAGCACAAACAACAGGGUGAACUGUACAUGUGGGAUUCCAUCGACCAGAAGUGGACUCGGCACUACUGUGCCAUCGCUGAUGCCAAGCUGUCGUUCAGCGAUGACAUUGAACAGACUGCAGAAGAGGAGCUGCCCCAGGAUAUACCCCCUACGGAGCUGCACUUUGGGGAGGAGUGGUUCCACAAGAAGGUGGAGAAGAGGGCAAGUGCCGAGAAGCUGCUGCAGGAAUACUGUGCGGAGACGGGGGGCAAGGAUGGGACCUUCCUGGUGCGGGAGAGCAAGACCUUCCCCAACGACUACACUCUGUCCUUCUGGCGGUCCGGCCGGGUCCAGCACUGCCGGAUCCGUUCCACCAUGGAGGGCGGGACCAUGAAGUACUUCCUGACUGACAACAUCACGUUCACCAGCAUCUAUGCCCUCAUCCAGCACUACCGCGAGACGCACCUGCGCUGCACGGAGUUCGAGCUCCGGCUCACCGACCCUGUGCCCAACCCCAACCCCCACGAGUCAAAGCCGUGGUACUAUGACGGGCUGAGCCGCGGGGAAGCGGAGGACAUGCUCAUGAGGGUUCCCCGGGACGGCGCCUUCCUGAUCCGGAGGCGGGAGGGCACCGACUCCUACGCCAUCACCUUCAGGGCCAGGGGCAAGGUAAAGCACUGUCGCAUUCACCGGGACGGCCGGCACUUUGUGCUGGGGACCUCGGCCUACUUCGAGAGCCUCGUGGAGCUCGUCAGCUACUACGAGAAGCAUGCGCUCUACCGGAAGAUGCGGCUGCGCUACCCCGUGACGCCGGAGCUCCUGGAGCGCUACAAUAUGGAAAGAGACAUAAACUCCCUCUAUGACGUCAGCAGGAUGUAUGUGGAUCCCAGCGAAAUCAAUCCUUCCAUGCCUCAGAGAACCGUGAAAGCUCUGUAUGACUACAAAGCCAAGCGAAGUGAUGAGCUGAGCUUCUGCCGUGGGGCCCUCAUUCACAACGUCUCCAAGGAACCCUGGGGCUGGUGGAAAGGAGACUAUGGGACCAGAAUCCAGCAGUACUUCCCAUCCAAUUAUGUCGAGGACAUUUCAACAUUCGACGGGGAGGAGAUGGAGAAGCAGAUUAUUGAAGACAAUCCCUUAGGGUCUCUUUGUAGGGGAAUAUUGGAUCUCAACACCUAUAACGUCGUGAAAGCCCCCCAGGGGAAAAACCAGAAACAGUUCGUGUUUAUCCUGGAGCCCAAGAAGCAAGGCGACCCCCCAGUCGAGUUUGCCACGGACAAGGUGGAGGAGCUCUUUGAGUGGUUCCAGAGCAUCCGGGAGAUCACCUGGAAGAUGGACACCAAGGAGAACAACAUGAAAUACUGGGAGAAGAACCAGUCCAUCGCCAUUGAGCUCUCGGACCUGGUGAUUUACUGCAAGCCGACCAGCAAGACCAAGGACAAUCUAGAAAACCCCGACUUCCGAGAAAUCCGCUCCUUUGUGGAGACGAAGGCGGACAGUGUCGUCAGGCAGAAACCCAUUGACCUCCUGAAGUACAAUCAGAAGGGCCUGACCCGUGUUUACCCAAAGGGACAGAGGGUGGACUCCUCCAACUACGACCCCUUUCGCCUCUGGCUGUGUGGCUCCCAGAUGGUGGCACUCAACUUCCAGACGCCAGACAAGUACAUGCAGAUGAAUCACGCCUUGUUCUCACUCAACGGGCGGACGGGCUACGUCCUCCAGCCUGAGAGCAUGAGGUCCGAGAAGUACGACCCCAUACCACCGGAGUCCCAGAGGAAGAUCCUGAUGACUCUGUCAGUCAAGGUUCUUGGGGCUCGCCAUCUCCCCAAGCUUGGACGAAGUAUUGCGUGUCCCUUUGUGGAGGUGGAAAUCUGUGGAGCUGAAUAUGACAACAACAAGUUUAAGACAACAGUUGUGAAUGACAAUGGCCUAAGUCCUGUUUGGGCUGCAACACAGGAGAAAGUGACCUUUGAAAUUUAUGACCCCAGCCUGGCAUUUCUGCGUUUUGUGGUCUACGAGGAAGAUAUGUUCAGUGAUCCCAAUUUCCUGGCCCACGCCACUUACCCCAUCAAAGGAAUCAAAUCAGGAUUCAGAUCUGUUCCUCUGAAGAACGGGUACAGCGAAGACAUCGAGCUGGCUUCCCUCCUGGUUUUCUGUGAGAUGCAGCCAGUCCUGGAGAGCGAAGAGGAGCUGUAUUCGUCCUGCCGCCAGCUGCGACGGCGGCAGGAAGAACUGAACAACCAGCUCUUCCUGUACGACACGCACCAGAACUUACGUAACGCCAACCGGGAUGCCCUCGUGAAAGAGUUCAACGUCAAUGAGAACCAGCUCCAGCUCUAUCAGGAGAAGUGCAACCGGAGGUUGAGAGAGAAGAGAGUGAGCAACAGCAGGUUUUACUCCUAGGAGCUGGUGUACAUGAGUAGGGUGUCACGCAUGCGUCUGUGCAGAGAGAAGGGCCUCCCUUCAGACCUUGGGAACUUGCCCAUCGGUGAUGUCAUCCCCUCUUCAAGCCUGGUGGCAAGAGGACAUUUCUGAAGAUCCCACUGGCAUGAGCUGGGGUUAUUUCCUACUCAUUUUUUCAUCUUGGACAACUUUUUAACUUAUAUUUUCUAUAGAGGAUCAUAGAAACGUGCUCCUCGUUUUUGGCCUCUCGUGUUCCCCAUCUCCUUGAAUAAAAGCGGUGAAAAUCUUG